GUUCUGGUCAACCCCUCUGUCAACCUGUCUAAGUCACAGCACAAGCCUCGGACACAGGAGGAUCUCCCACAAGUGAAAACCCUGGAGAUGUUGUACAGAAUGUUCUGUCAAGGCUACUACAAUCGCUUACAUGAACUGCAGACAGGUGAAGGAGGCUAUUCCUCAUCCGGUGGUUGGACCGCUGCAUGAUUUGAUACCAGGGGACUGGAUUGUGGUGAAGGACCUGAAACGCAAGUCCUGGAGGAACCCAAGGUGGACGGGGCCAUACCAGAUUCUCCUUACGACCAAUUCGGCGGUUAAGAUCGAGGGGAGAGCAACGUGGAUACACGCUAGCCAUUGUAAGCGUGCACCUUGUCUGGAGACGGAAGCGUUGGAUACGCGUUCUGCGUAGUACCAAGGAAAGCUCAAAGUCUGUGCGCAUAGUGCAGUUCUUUGAAGGUUGCUGUGAGCAAUUUGAUCGUCGUUUGCAAUCGAUUCGACUAGACUACACCGCCUGACAGCCUACAUUCAACUGAAGAUGGUCACUACGGAUGCACGACCAUGGCAUCCGUUCCGACAACCUGGACUUUGUGGUAUACGGGGUGCAGUGGGUUUUGUCUUGGGAAUGGCAUUUCUUAUUGCAUUUUCGCUUUUGUAUUUUAAUAAAAGUAUGCAUAAUUCUGAUGAUACUAUGACGAUAGAUGCAAUGACUUCAACUGUUUCACCUGCAACGUUCCAGAUGUUGAAAAGUAAUGAGAGAAAAGUUGUAGAUGAAAUGGAAUCGGAAAUGGAGUUUAAUUCUUGGUAUAAGUUAGCUACAUAUUCUGUAAAACAAAUUUUAGGCGAAGAACACCCACCAUGUGUGUAUUGCCAGCCACUUAAGGAUGUUCCACUGAUUAUGCCAGCACCAUUUAAUUCAACUAGUUGUUAUGAUUUUAAUUACCAUCGAAUUAUUUCAGGUGACAUUGAUAAAACGAGGUGUGUGGACAGUAGUCAUCUGGUUUUGUUCAGGAAUUGUCCAGUCUGUCCCACUAACAGCUAUCAUUACCAGAGUUCUAGUGCUUGGUAUUUAAAAUCCAAUCUAGGAUGUGCAGCAGUACGUCCUAUGCUUACUGGACCAAUUGAGAACGAGGGAACGGAAGAUGUUCUGAUUGAUUUUGUUAUAGUUCCAGGGCAGAAGUUUGAGUGUUUCGAGAAAAGUUCUGAUAUUGUUAAAACAGUAUUUGUGGGGAACUUUAGUGAAGGGAAAGUAAAGAUUGGAACUUGUGGACAUACUUGGGUGGUAAAUCCAUACUGUGAGGCGAUGCAGUUUAGAGAUGUUAAUGGGACUUUACACCCUUGUUACAAGUAUGAAGGCUCUGUUCGUGUGGAUAGUGAGGGAAAACAUCAUACUCCGCCACCUUCUGGCCCAUUGGUAUAUCCAGGACGCGAUAUAGCUGAUGUAUUUUGGUAUUGUGGGGGUAGAAUUAGAUCACGUUUACCAGAAGGAUGGGUGGGAGUGUGUGCUAAGGUGAUGUUAGUUAGUAAGACGUUGAUUAAGCCUUUAGGUAAUGUGACGGUUGAUUCAGGCAGACAGAGACGAGCUGCUCCUGUUGGAUCUUUUGAUAGUGGAAUUUACAUAGAUGAUAUUGGAGUACCAAGAGGGGUGCCUACUGAGUUUAAAGCUAGAAAUCAGGUAGCUGCAGGACUAGAAUCAUUCUUUUGCGUACAUUGUACGGUUAACAAAAAUGUGGAUUGGAUUAAUUAUAUAUAUUAUAAUCAGCAACGUUUUAUUAAUUACACUGUUGAUGCGAUUUCUGGAUUAUCAGAACAAUUGGCUAAGACUUCAGAGAUGGCAUGGCAAAACAGGAUUGCUCUAGACAUGUUGUUGGCUGAAAAAGGGGGUGUUUGUGUACUUUUCAAUAAUACAUGUUGUACGUACAUUCCCAAUAAUACAGCGAGUGAUGGGUCAGUCACUAAAGCAUUAUCAAGCAUGCGUACUUUGAGAUUAGAAUUGUCUGAACAUUCUGGAUUUGAUGAUUCAAAAGGAGUUUGGUCAUGGAUUGACGGUUCUUGGGAAAUGUUUGGUAAAUGGAAGGCAGUUCUUCUGUCUGUUUUGUGUGGAAUAGGUGUCAUUUUGUUGAUACUAUUGUUUUUGGCUUGUUGUCUGUUUCCCUGUGUAAGGAAGAUUGUGGAAAAGACAAUGGCUAAAUCAUUUGCUGUUCAAAUGAUGAACUAUAGUCCCUUAGAGGAUUCUGACUGGGUUCCACCAUUUAAGGAUGAAGAGGCUACUGUGAGUGAUAUGUAAUUCUCUUGUUAUUUUUGGGGUUAUGUUUUGAUUAAAGGGGGUUACUUUAGUUUCUUGCCUCCAUAUCUGUAUGGAUGUUUUAUAUUUUUGUAUGCUUAUGCUUUUGUAUGCCUUUGUUGUUUAAAAAAAAAAAGUAAGGAAUGUGAUGGCAUUUUUUGAUAUAGUUACUAAGAAUGUAUUUUUAAUAGACUGAGGUUGUGUUUAAACAAAUGGAUGUUGCAGUUGGUCUUAAGGUAUUUAUGGUGUUGGUUUAUGAUGCCUGAUUGAGAAGCUAGGGGCACGGAGGUUGGGGGAUGUUUGAGUUCUGUGGCCUAAAGGGAGAUGGAUAGAUGGAUCAGUUGAUCUAGCAGCCCUGACCUUUUGGCCGAGGAGAUUGUGUCCUGUGUCCUGUUUGUGUUUCAUUAAGGGUAUCUUUACUGUCCUCAUUUAGAGAAAGAGCCGUGACAUCAAAAGACUUUGGUCACUUGACCUGGGGGGUUAUAUUGUCUUAACUGUCACUGACCAGUGUUAGCCAAUCACAGAGACCACUGCAUUGAUGAAUUGAACAUUUAUUAGGGGAUCUGUUUUAAGUGUAUAAAAGCACAAGCUUUAUGAUUGUUCUUUAUCACUCUGGCGAACGACCUGUGGCUAGCACCUCCUUCAUUAGACUGAUCACAAAGUACUUUGUUGAUUCAUGAUUUGU